AUGUACUUAACAGGACAACACUAUGUGGUUCCUGAGCCUGCACUUGUUUCAAAUAUCACUCAUGUGGUGCUUGCUUUUAUGCAAUCUUCAAUCUUCAAUGAAGAUCAGCCAUCAGCAUGGCCCUUGUUCACAACGGUGGAUGCUGUCCGCUCACAGUUCGCUGAGGGCACAAGGAUCAUGAUAGCGAUUGGCGGAUGGGGUGAUACGGAAGGCUUCUCGAAAGCGGCGGCCACGGAGAGCAGUCGCCAGCUCUUCGCAAGAAACGUGAAGGCAAUGGUUGAUUAUACGGGAGCGGAUGGAGUUGACAUUGACUGGGAAUAUCCCGGAGGAAACGGCGAAGAUUACAAACAAGUCCCCAACGCCCACAAGACCUGGGAAAUCCAAGCGUACCCGCACCUCCUCUCCGCGAUCCGCUCCGCCCUGGGGCCCACCAAGCUCCUCUCCGCAGCCGUCCCGGGUCUCCGCCGGGACAUGCUAGCAUUCACCCGGGACACGCUCCCGCUGAUCAGCGGCUCCCUCGAUUUCCUCAACAUCAUGACCUACGACCUGAUGAACCGGCGCGACCGCAUCACCAAGCACCACACCGGUAUCGCGGCCUCCCUCGACGCCAUCCGCGCCUAUCUCGACCACGGCGGCGUGAGCAGCCCCGAGAAAGUCAAUCUCGGCUUCGCUUUCUACGUGAAAUGGUUCCGGACCGAUCCCCACGCCACCUGCAGUGGUGCUGUCCAGAAGAACCCCCCCAUCGGCUGCCCCACGGUCCUCAUGGAGGAUCCCGCGACGGGAAGGGAUCUGGGCCAAGCAGGAGCUUUUUCAUGGCAUGACGACGUCCCGUCGGAACUCGAACGCUCGUUCAUGAAGGCUCUUGCGAAUCCGGAAUAUGACGAUGACCAGGGAGCUGCUUAUUUCUGGGACUGCGAGGAGAAUCUUUGGUGGAGUUGGGAUACGCCGGAUGUUAUUAUGAGGAAAUUCCCAAGGAUUGUGGAGAAGAUGCGACUUGGUGGGGUGUUUGCGUGGGGGCUGGGAGAGGAUGCUCCUCGUUGGACUCAUUUGCAGGCGUUGACAGCUGGUGUUGAAAAGUACUUGAGCAAACAGUUGGAUGAUAUGACUCCUCCAGUUAAAGAUGAAUUAUGA